CAAUCUGGCUCUCCCUCCCUGUCGCUUCCUCCCAGAAACCCACUCUUCACCGCGGCAGAGGAGCAUGUAGUGCAGCAUGAGCAGGUGACUCGGUCAGACUGUGUGCCGGUGAAGGCUUUUGUGACAGAACAGGAUUAUUCUGCCUCAAUUUGUAGACCGAUUUUAAAAUAGGAAGUUUAAGACGCCUUGAGGGGAAAGGGUUUGAGUUGGGUGUGAGUAAAGACAGCCAUAGUGAAGUAAAGAAGGAGGCUGCCAUGAAGAAAAUGGACAACACGGCCGCAGGCAGCUGGACUCCUGAUGACAACCCCACCCCCCCCACAGUGAAGAACUCCUGCCACCCCAACCUGAAGAUGUUCAUUGCUUCCUUGUCCUUCGCUUACUUUGCCAAGGCUUUAUCUGGCAGCUACAUGAAGAGCACAAUUACACAACUAGAAAGAAGAUUUGACAUCCCCAGUUAUCUGAUCGGAAUCAUAGACGGGAGCUUUGAAGUAGGGAAUUUGUUGGUCAUUGCCUUUGUGAGUUAUUUUGGUGCCAAACUCCACCGGCCCAAGAUCAUAGCAAUUGGUUGUGUGUUGAUGUCCUUUGGGACCUUCUUGAUCGCCAUGCCCCAUUUCCUCAUUGGCCGCUAUAAGAUCGAAACAUCAGUUAGAUGGUCAGUGAAUUCAACCAAUAACCUCUCUCCAUGUCCAGCAAGCUCACCUGAGUCCACCAGGGCAGGUGACAGACCCUCGUUACUGAACUCUAGAGGCUGUGAGCGAGAGUCCAGUGUUUCAAUGUGGAUUUAUGUGCUUCUGGGAAAUAUCCUGCGGGGAAUUGGAGAGACUCCAGUACAGCCUUUGGGAAUCUCCUAUAUUGAUGAUUACGCACAAACAGAGAAUGCUGCCCUCUAUAUUGGAUGUGUCCAAACCAUAUCAAUUAUCGGUCCUGUCUUUGGGUAUCUGCUGGGGUCUCUGUGUGCCAAGAUCUACGUUGACAUUGGCUAUGUUGACUUGGAGACGCUGACCAUUACCCCUAGUGAUGCCCGCUGGGUGGGUGCAUGGUGGCUGGGCUACCUUAUCGCUGGGAUCAUCACCCUCAUGUCUGCAGUUCCUUUCUGGUUCCUGCCAAAAUCACUGCCCAUGCCCGUGGAUAAACACGAUAGCAGCUGCACCCCCGAGCAAACCAGGUUUAUCAAAGAUUCCCCAACCAUGGAGCACAAGUUCAGACCUGAGGAGCCGGCUAAUCUACAGCAGAUGGCCAAAGAAUUUAUGCCCACAUUGAAGAGCCUCCUUGGAAAUCCUGUGUACGUCACUUUUUUAUGCGUGACCAUCAUUCAGUUCAACUCUCUCAUCGGGAUGGUGACCUACAAACCCAAAUACAUCGAGCAACACUACGGCCAGUCAGCAUCAAAAGCCAAUUUCCUCAUGGGCAUGAUCAACAUCCCGGCUGUGGCCCUUGGGAUGUUCUCUGGAGGGGUUGUCAUGAAGAAGUACAAGCUGGGUAUCAUGGGAGCAGCUAAAUUUGCCUUUGGGACCUCCCUGCUGGGCUUCUUCCUGUCGCUCUUCUUCUUCGCCAUGGGCUGUGAGAACUCCAAGGUGGCAGGCGUCACAGUCUCAUAUACCGGAAGGGAUUGGGAUCCAGUGUGCGGAGAGAACGGGAUCACCUACGUGUCCCCUUGUUUGGCCGGAUGCUCCUCGUCCACUGGCUCCGGCAAAUAUACGGUGUUUGCGAAUUGCAGUUGUGUAGCACUGCCUGACACCCAACAAGUCAACCUGACGGCCUCUCUGGGACAGUGUCCACGCAGUGACAGCUGUGACAAAGUCUUUCCUUACUUCCUGGCCCUGUCAGUCCUCAGCUCCUUCAUCAUCUCUCUGGGAGGAACACCAGGCUUCAUGCUGCUCGUCAGGUGUAUUAGGCCUGAGCUGAAAUGCUUUGCUCUUGGAAUCCACUCGUUGGCCACUCGUACCUUCGCUGGAAUACCUGCCCCGAUAUACUUUGGAGCCAUAAUCGACACAACCUGCCUCAAAUGGGGGAAUAAGAUGUGUGGAGGAAGAGGAGCGUGCAGAAUAUAUAACACCUCAGCUUACAGGACACUGUACCUGGGCCUGACUCUGGGCUUACGGACAGCCUCCUUCUUCCUAUGUUAUCCAGGCUUUGCUCUACUUAAAAGACACAUUAAGAUGGAGGAGAGAAAUGCUUUGACCAAUGGCAGUGCAGAGUUGGAGUCUUUAAGAAAAGAGGAGAACAGCUCCACACACUGUGAGCAGUUUAUUCCGGCCUCGGACUGCAUUCCUGACCGAGAGACUCGCUUGUGAUGAACAGAGGAAAACACACUGUGGACUCUUUUCAUAGCACACAGAGUAUAUAUUUGUACAGGAUUUGUUAGACAAUGAGUCAUCUUAAGAAUGUAAUUGUGCUGUGUUUUUAUGUUGGUUCUCGUUUUUUUGAUUAAACUUGAUAACAUAGAUUUUUGGAUUCAUGAUGUAUUAUGGUGCCUGAAUAAGAUGGUUAAACGCUGUCAUGGGAGUUGUGGCUUUGCUUUUAGCUCAGAAGAGAUACGUUAUUGAACAGGUUUGUAGACUUUUACAGCUGUUGAUAUUGCUACACCCAGGCUAAGACAAUAUUUUCUGUGAACAAAUAGACUCAAUAAGCAGAUCAGAGCAAGAGCAGCACAGAAAACAGCUGCCCUCUGCCCUCUCUCUUACAUUUAAUCAUUGUUGGUGUCAAUGUGCCUCUUUAAAAAAAUAAACAAGUAAUGUCAUAAUUGA